CUUCUUGACGAGAUAAGGGCCCUGGGUGGUGAUGAGCAGGACUUGGAGCUCGUGGACGGUCUUGAGUCAGAGGAUGAGACAUUUGGCGAGGAUGCCAAGAGCAAGACCCUGGACAAAGGUCUCGAGGCAGAACUAGCCAAGUUCGCCCUGGGACUGGGAUUUGAAAAGGUGCAGCCUCCAGAGGCAGAUGAAGACGACGCCCAGCUAGACGCCGAGGGGGGCAAGAAGGAGAGGGAGACUGGGAGGAAGCCUCGGACGAGGACGAUGAGGAUGAUCAAGUCGCCGAGAAGCCCGGGCAAACGGUGCCAGCAGCCCCAAAGACAUGGAAAACGGUUAAUAUAUGAGCCUCGUUCAGACUGGCACGCAGCCAAUCUGGUCAAACUACCUGAGCCCAUUUCCGAAGAUGUCUCUGCAUAUUUCUCUCCCAUCGCCAGUCUGAAGACGCAUGCCAAGUCACUCCUGGAAGAGGACAGUGCGACUCAUAGUGCCACCUUGUCCUCGUCGUCUUCGCACAAGUUCAUGUCGGAGAUCAUGUCUUCUGGUACCAUGUCGGAUAAGACCUCGGCCCUGACCCUUGCCAUUCAGGAAUCGCCUGUUCAUAGCAUCAAGGCCCUUGAGAAUCUGAUCGCCCUUGCGACCAAGCGCAGUCGUGGACAAGCACUCGCCGCUGCGGCCGCUUUGGUAGAUCUGUUGGGCCCUGGUUCCCUACUUCCAUCUGAUCGGCGUCUACGGCCUUUCACUGCCCAGCCCGGCCUGAUCGGUACCCUCCAGAAGCAGAAAGUUAAAUACUGGUCCGACAAACAAGAACUUCCCGGUAGAAUUACCAAGGAGCAUCUUAUCUCUUGGGCCUUUGAGGAUUGGCUCAAAGAAGCUUAUUUCAGAAUCAUCCAGGCCAUAGAAACCUGGUGCAAUGAUGAAAUCGAAUACUCCCGUGUAAGGGCCAUCGAUAUGGUCUACGCUCUGUUGAAGGACAAGCCAGAGCAGGAGUCCAACCUCCUUCGCUUGCUUGUCAACAAGUUGGGAGACCGUGAGAAGAAGAUUGCGUCAAGAGCAUCCUAUCUCAUGCUACAGCUCUUGAACAUGCACCCGGGCAUGAAGGCAGUGGCGAUCAAGACAGUAGAGCAAGAGCUCAUAUUCAGACCUGGUCAAACAAUCCGGGCGAAGUACUAUGCAGUCAAUACGCUCAACCAAACAAUUCUCAGCAGCAAAGAACCCCAAGUAGCAGACUCACUCCUGAAGAUCUACUUUGGCAUGUUCGUUGCUCUGCUGAAGAGCGGUGAUCUUGGUCAAGUGGAGAACUUCGACGCGACGGAGAAGACAGACAAAUCAGCAAAAGACAAGAAAAGAAAGCCUGAACGAGAGUCAGCUGAAAAGUUGGUCGCAGCAAUCUUGACCGGAAUUAACCGUGCAGUACCUUUCUCGGAGACCGACUCAUCAACACUCGAAACACAUCUGGAUACCCUUUUCCGCAUUACUCAUUCGUCAAAUUUUAACACAAGUAUCCAAGCUCUGAUGCUAAUUCAGCAGAUGGCUACCACACGACAUCUUGCAACAGAACGAUUUUACCGCACGCUGUACGAGUCUCUGCUGGAUCCACGAUUGACAACAUCGUCAAAACAGGCCCUUUACCUGAAUCUUCUGUACCGCAGCUUGAAAUCAGACGUUGACGUCCGUCGGGUUAAGGCCUUUGUCAAGCGAAUGCUUCAGGUGUUGAACCUGCACCAACCAUCUUUCAUUUGUGGUAUUAUUUAUUUGAUCAUGGAACUUUGGACUACCUUUCCCGACUUGAGCACCCUUUUGAAUGAACCAGAAGAGCACGAUGAGAGCGAAGCAAUCGGUCAGACAGAUGCUGCCAACGGAGAUACAUUUUCCAAAGCAACAGACGUGUACGAUGGCCGAAAGAGAGUGCCCGAGUACAGCAACGCUCAUCGCAGCUGUCUCUGGGAGCUCAUGCCUUUCUUGAGACAUUUCCAUCCAACGGUCGACAUCUAUGCAUCCAGCUUGCUGAGAGGUCAAAAGCCGGCGCAGAAACCUGAUCUCGGAAGCCAUACCUUAAUUAACUUCCUUGACAAAUUUGUCUACAAGAACCCGAAGGCUACGGACAGUACAAGAGGUAGCUCGCUCAUGCAACCUCUUGCUGUUACUGGUCAAGGCAGUGUUCUGGUUUCUGGCAAGCCUGGCAACAAGACUGCCGCAACUGUCAACUCUGCUGCGUUCUGGAACAAGAAGGCCGAGGAUGUGGCUGUUGAGGACGUCUUCUUCCACGAGUAUUUCAGUCAGAUCGGCAAGCCUGCCCAGGCUGCGCGUGCCAAGAAGAUCAAGAGCGAUGCAGCGGACCCUGGCGCCGAAGGUAGUGACGCGGGUGAAGAUGAAAUCUGGGAAGCUCUUAAGGCUUCGCGACCAGAAGUGCAAGAUGACUCGGAAAGCGAAAUCGACGCCAACUUCGAAGAGUUAAUGGCUGAUGACGACUCCGAUGCUGGCCUGGAUGAAAUGGACGUGGACGGUGAAUCGGAGGGCAGCGCCCUGGAUUUCUCGGAUGCCUCGUCUCUCGAUUUCGGCAGUGAAGGUGAGGACGAGGAGGAAGGAGGGGCACCGACUGGCAAGGAUGGUGAUGGUAAGCCUGGGGCGGAGUCGAGGAAGAGAAAGAAGAUGCUCAAGAGCCUACCAACAUUUGCGUCAGUUGAUGACUAUGCCCAGAUGCUGGAGCAGGAGGAAGAUGGUCGCUGA